CUGACCAACCCCUGCGACGUCAACGCCCAGUGCAACCUGGAGAGGGACGGCUCCAUCACCUGUCAGUGUGGGAUCGGAUGGGCCGGGAACGGGUUCCUGUGCGGGAAGGACACCGACAUCGACGGGUAUCCGGACGAGAAACUCAAGAACGGGGACCAGGACAGCCAUGGAGACGCGUGUGAUAACUGCCUGACGGUGAAGAACCCGGACCAGAGGGACACGGACGGAGACGGGAGGGGAGACGCCUGCGACGAAGACAUGGACGGAGACGACGACGGCGUCGGAGACAUUUGCGAGUCCGACUUCGACCAGGACAAAGUGAUCGACCGGAUCGAUAACUGUCCCGAGAACGCCGAGGUCACGCUGACCGACUUCAGGGCCUAUCAGACGGUGGUGCUGGACCCCGAGGGCGACGCCCAGAUCGACCCCAACUGGGUGGUUUUGAACCAGGGAAUGGAGAUCGUUCAGACCAUGAACAGCGAUCCAGGACUCGCGGUCGGUUACACGGCCUUCAGCGGCGUGGACUUUGAGGGGACGUUUCACGUGAACACGGUCACCGACGACGACUACGCCGGCUUCAUCUUCGGCUACCAGGACUCGUCCUCCUUCUAUGCUGUAAAGUCCAAGUCGGGCCCCGGGGAGCACCUAAGGAACUCGCUCUGGCACACGGGGGACACCAACGACCAGGUCCGGCUGCUGUGGAAGGACCCCAGAAACGUGGGGUGGAAAGAUAAAGUGUCCUACCGCUGGUACCUGCAGCACCGCCCACAGGUGGGCUACAUCAGAGCUCGCUUUUAUGAGGGGACUGAGCUGGUCGCCGAUUCGGGAGAAAUGACAGCAACCAUGGUCACCAGCAUCGAGCGUCCAGCAGAAGCUCCAGCCGGGCGUCCGGUGGGGGUCCGGCUGCUGGACGGAGUCCUCCGGGGGCUCGGCCAGGUUUUGUUCGCCAACAACCCACUCAGCGGCCUCCUCAUCCUGGGGGGGCUUCUGCUGCAGAACCCCUGUGAUGGCGACGGCCACCAGGACACGAAGGACAACUGCCCCCUGGUGAUCAACAGCUCCCAGCUGGACUCGGACAAAGACGGGCUGGGAGACGAGUGCGACGACGACGACGACAACGACGGCAUCCCGGACUUCCUGCCCCCGGGGCCGGACAACUGCAGGCUGGUGCCCAACCCCGACCAGGUGGACGACAACAACGACGGCGUCGGAGACAUUUGCGAGUCCGACUUCGACCAGGACAAAGUGAUCGACCGGAUCGAUAACUGUCCCGAGAACGCGGAGGUCACGCUGACCGACUUCAGGGCCUAUCAGACGGUGGUGCUGGACCCCGAGGGCGACGCCCAGAUCGACCCCAACUGGGUGGUUUUGAACCAGAGCUCCUGGUCCCAGAGGGCAGGUUACACGGCCUUCAGCGGCGUGGACUUUGAGGGGACGUUUCACGUGAACACGGUCACCGACGACGACUACGCCGGCUUCAUCUUCGGCUACCAGGACUCGUCCUCCUUCUACGUGGCCGUAAAGUCCAAGUCGGGCCCCGGGGAGCACCUGAGGAACUCGCUCUGGCACACGGGGGACACCAACGACCAGGUCCGGCUGCUGUGGAAGGACCCCAGAAACGUGGGGUGGAAAGAUAAAGUGUCCUACCGCUGGUACCUGCAGCACCGCCCACAGGUGGGCUACAUCAGAGCUCGGUUUUAUGAGGGGACCGAGCUGGUCGCCGAUUCGGGAGUGACCAUCGACACGACCAUGAGGGGAGGACGGCUCGGCGUCUUCUACACCAUCCCAGAGGACUUCCAGGAGUUCAGCACCCAGCAUGCGGCCGACUCAAUCUGA